AUGCCCUAUUGCCCACAAGCCCUGCAUGUCGCCAUGAUGAACCAAGUCCCUCCGACUUCAGGUUCUCCACUGGGUCCGGUACCUGUUGAAACACUUGUUGUCGCACAAUAUGCUUUGUACUGCCAAGUAGCGCUGACAUGUGCAGUUUGGUAUGAUUAUGUGUCUGUUCUUCCUAUCGAAGUCAACUUGGUUUGGAAGAACCAACGCUCAUGGGGUUUGUUAUAUACGACGAGCCGUUACGUGGGGAUUGCGGUUUUCACCGCCUUUCUCGUCGCUCAAUUCGGAUUUCUGGGUAACUCGCCUUUGAGAAUAGAUGAAUCCGACCAAGUUCACCUAGCCCUUGUGUGGCGAGUGACGAUCGUUAUUUAUCUAGGCUUGAUCCAAGGUAUCAUGGUAAUGAGAACGUAUGCGAUAUACGGGAGAUCACUACGAGUGUUCUGGUUUCUGGUCGUGUGCGCGAUCGUAGAGCUUAGCGUGGUGCUAUAUGGAACCGUGAAUACCACGUUCUCAAUCGCUGAUAGCCUUCUUGUCGUCACCAUACCCAUCGUGAUAUACCAGCUCUUGCUACUGACAAUGGUCGGGCGCAUAGCUCUUCUUCACUGGAAGCGUAGUCGUCACUUCCAAUGGAAUAGUGUGGCAUGGGUGCUGGUGCGCGACUGUGGCGUUCAUUUCUUGAUGCUGAUAGUAGCUGUCACCGUAGACAUAGUAAUGACCGCCGACCCAACGGUUCAAGCCUUCCCGCCGAUGAUACUUGCCUUUCUCGAGGCAAUAUGGGGCCCGCGACUGGCGUUGAGUAUCAAGGAGUUUAACGAUCGAGAUAUCAUGACGGUAUACCUCACUGAGAUGGAUUUCGCAAUGACCGAGAUUUAA